AUACUCUCUCCAUCUUGUUAUUAGGCAAAUGAAGUUUGGCACGUCAAAGUUGCUCAUCUCGGCAGCUGUUGCAAUUGCCUUUCCCUCCUUGUCAAAUGCUUCUCCCUUCUUUUCACAUUUGAAUGACGCAUCUACUGACGACUUGUCUCAGAAAUGCUCAGAUUUCCAAAUCACGUCGCCUUCGUCCACUGCAGCCGUCGACUGGACACCGGGAAGCUUGCAAACGAUCUCUUGGGAAGCACCCUCCUCCUAUUCCUCUGUGUCCAUUGCUCUCCUUGACUCUAAUAACCAAACCAUCUCGGACUUUGGAACUUAUGAUGCCUCUCAGGGUAAUACAGGCCAGAAAGAAAUUUCUCUUCAAGGUCAUCCCAGUGGUCUUUAUCACUUGAAGUUCACUGCCUUGAAAGCAGAUGGCGAGUGUGAAAUCGACUCCAAUCCCAUUCAAAUCUCUGCUAGCAACAGUGCUCCCAGCACCAACGAUUUGGACGAUAUCUUCAGUAAAUUAGAUGGAAACCAGAAUACAAACGAUUCACCCACUACGCCUCCCUCCAACCAAGAGUUGGACGAUAUCUUCAACGACCUAUACAACCACGGCAACGACGAAGGUUGGCACGUCGAUGAAGAUGAUAUUGAAGACAACGACGUUCCUUCCACCGUCUCUGGUUGGCACUCAAAUGAAGACGAUGUCGAAGAGAUUGAUUUCUCUGGCUGGCACUCAAAUGAGGACGAUGUUGAAGAAAAUGAAACACCUGCCUUCGGCCACAGUGACGCCAUUACAGAUCUUGUGAAUGACGUUGAAAACAGUGAUCUCACCGGCUGGCACUCAAACGAAGACGAUGUCGAAGAGAAUGAACCCUCAGGCUGGCACUCAGACGAUGCUGAAGAGAAUGGAACACCUACCUUCGGUCACAGCGACGCCAUUUCAGAUCUUGUCAAUGAUAUUGAGAACAACGAUGUCUCUGGAUGGCACACCAACGAAGAUGAUGUUGAAAACGAUACUAACAGCGGUGAACCUCAAACCUUUGAAGAAUUGAUUGAGUCACUUGACCAGCCUUAUGAGCAAUACUUGGACAACAAUAGCGCUACUGAAAAUCAACCUCUGACCACGCACAAGAAUGAUGCCGAUGUUGGUGGUGACGACUGGACAACCGAAGAUGAUGACAACAGCGGUGACAGCGAUAUUUCUUCACAACUCGAUGAAAUCUUCAGCAAACUCGCCGGCAAUGAGCAACCUACCACCGCCGACGACGUUCAUACUGAUCUUCACUGGAACUCUGAAGAUGAUACAUACUUUACUGACGAGUACAACGGCGUUCCCUCCGUUGAGGACACCAGUGACCAUAGUGAUGCUGGUUGGCAUGAAGAUGAUGUCGAAACCCCCACCACCGAUAUUCACAGCGACGAUGAUGCUCACUCCAAGUGGGUCGGCGAUGGCACCGCCAAUGCUGACCAUAACGAUGAAACUCCCAGCACAUGGUUCACAGAAGAUCACUCCGAUGAGGUUCCUUCCACUGGCGAAAACGAUGCUACUCCCAACAAGUGGUUCACUGAUGUUCACAAUGACGAAGUGUGGUCCCUCCUAUCAUUGAUGACGUUCCCGGUAUCCACGCUGAUGAAGUUGAAAUUCCUGGUGCCGAUGCUGAUAACAGCAAGUGGUUUACUGAUGUCCACAAUGACGAAGUUGUUCCUCCUAUCACGGAUGACGUUCCUGGUGUCCACGCUGAUGAAGUUGAAGUUCCUGGCUUCCAUGCUGAUGACGAUAACAGCAAGUGGUUCACCGACGAUGUCCACAAUGAUGAAGUUCCUGGCUUCCAUGCCGAUGACGAUAACAGCAAGUGGUUCACCGAUGAUGUCCACAACGAUGAAGUUGAAGUUCCUGGUGCCGCUGACGAUAACAGCAAGUGGUUCACUGAUGCCCACAAUGACGAAGUGGUCCCUCCUGUUGUCGAUGAUGUUCCUGGUAUCCAUGCCGACGAUAUUGAAGUUAACAACUGGUUCACCGAUGUCCACAAUGACGAAGUCGGUACUCCUGACACUGAAGUUCAUGCUAAUGAUGAUAGCAGCAAGUGGUUCACCGAUGUCCACAAUGAUGAAGUCGUUCCUCCUGUCACGGGUGAAAUUCCUGGUGUUCAUGCUGAUGAUGCCAAGUGGUUCACUGAUGAACGUGUUGAUGACGAAGUCCCACAAGCGCACGGUAACGAUGCUGAGAGGUGGUUUUCAAACUAAGCAUGUAACCCAUCAUAGAGCGCUCGUCACCGCAUAUCCUCACUAAACGGUUUCAGGUCCUUUCCCUUUUAUAAAACGACGACAUACCCAUCAUUGAACCUUUUGUAUUUCUUGCUUACGGCAAGGUUUGACACAUUCUGUUGUACUUUUCAACUCCCCCUCUGCUCUACCAUAUCUUUUUUCUUACAAAGAAAAAAAAAAGAAACCUAUUUCUUCUCUUCUUUCUUAAGAAUGCCCUAUCACUUGUUUGAUUUUUGUAUCAAUAAAUGUCUUGACAGGCUUUUGGCUCUGUUCAAAAAAAA